AUUUUUAAAGAAAAAUUGCUGAAAUAUCGAUUAAAGUAAUUUUUUACUGAAACAUUGAUGAAAUGAUAAUGAAAUGGGAUCAACUGAAAGGGACUUUCAAAUUUCGGUAAAUUUUCAACAUUAUAUUUUCAGUAUAAUAUUUCCAUCGGGACAGUUAUAUUUUUUGGCUGACGAAUGUAAUUGUUACUUUGCACAUUAUACUUCAUAUAUAUGGGACAGGCACAAGCAAAUCCUAAGAAAAAGUCUCGAAGCUUAGUAACAAAGUAACAAAAAUUGUAACUACUCGUUAACUUAUCGUUACUUCUUAACUUAUCGUUACUUCUUCUAAGUAAUAAAAAUUAUAACUACUCGUUAUUUCUAAACUUAUCGUUACUUCUCCUAGGUAACGAUAACGAUAACGAGUUACUUUUCAAAAGUAACUUUUUCAACCGUGUUUCUGCCCACAUUCUCUGUCUUCCUUUCGAUUUCGAUUUUCAUUCAUAGGCCGAACACGCGAUCGAUUGAUCGAUCGUUGAUCUUGCCGAGAAGAUUAAGACAGCUCAAGACAAUUAAAUCUGAGAAGUUAGAAUCUACCUAGAUCUAAAGUUUUAGAUGCUUUCUCAUUAUGCAGAUUCACACUGACCGAAUUAUACUGAUGUGUGUGAAUAAUAUCCACAAUUUGCUUAACAAUGUGUCAAGUAAAACAUUAAUUGCGGCUACUUGUUCACGCGACUUCUCAUGUGCGCGACUAAUGUGACAUUUGUUCGUAAUUAUACAUUUCUCCCAACAUUGUUAUACCAAUUGUGCAUUGUUACUCAACAAUGCCUCGCACUUGUGGCAUGUUUACUCGCGCGUAAUGCAGCAAAUGUGAAAAAAAACAGAAGAAAAGCAUAAAAUAACAUUAAAUCUCUCUCUUUCACCCUCCUUGACUUUGGAUCAAAAAUAUGGUAUAAAUAUCGCAUUAAAAUCCCUUGUUUUGCAUUAUUAUAAUCGCGGUAAUAGCAGAUCUUCGGAGGAGUAUGCUCGAGCAAUCGAUCAUUUCGCAACAAUGUUACACAACGUGAGAAACGCAGUACUUGCAUUAAUGACACGUACGUUCGAGUCAAGUUUACGGGUUAAUUAUAGAAUCAACUGUUCAAAGAAAAGUCGAAAAUUGAGAAAGAACGAAAAAACAAAUUAUUUUAUGACGCCCACUGCACCUGCACGUCCUUAUGCAAUGGCGAUAACAAUAUGUAUUCGCGUGAAUUAAUUAAUUUAUCGCUUAUUAAGCGAGCAAAUGACAAUUGCGCCGCUCUUGGCGAGGUAUAUAUAAGCCGAGGCGGUGAGUGAAAUUUCGGUAUUGUUUCGGUCGAAUAACGCCAAAGGAAUCGUUCAGAAGGUGAGGACGCCUUACUUGGUCUAUCCUAACGAUCGGUCGACACUCAUCGCGUGUAAAAAUCAAUCGGUAUUAACAAGAACGACCCGAGAAAAAGUGUCCGUAUAAUUAUACAUGAGAAAUUUUCUUUCCCGGGGAAAGAAUGAAGAAAGAAAUAUCUGCGUUGAAGAAAAAGAAAUUCGAUUAAUUGCACAGAAGUUACGCACUCGUGUGACUCGUUUAAGUCGGAAACUGGUAUUUACAGCUGUUACUUGAAGUUCUCGUCUCAUAUAAAUAUUCCAAUUUUAAUUGAGAUUUAAUGUUCUUCGGUGGAAUAACAUCCCAGACAGCGCAAUGUCGAAAAUUGGGACGUGAGAUGUCUUUUAGACCUUUGAAAAAUAUCUUAAAGACAUCUUAAACACGACUUCGAGACGUUUCAUGCCCUGAUUUUGGACAUCUCUGCUGUCUGAGAUGUCACUUAUAGAUAUAAUUGCGGUCAAAUUGAAAAAGUCACGCGUCUAAGUUUUCAUAUGAAUGAACUGAAAGACUCAAAUCUAACUCCAAAUUCAGACCCGUGAGUGUCUUCUCUCUGAGAUGAGUUGCGAGUAACGACUAUUAACGCGAACCUAAAAUUCCACGAACAAGUGUUCAUCUCGCCAAACCGAUGAAUUUGCAGAUGAACCGUUGGCUACUCGUUUUGGCGGCAGUGGCUGCUUUGGCUUCCGCUGCGUCGGCUAAUAAUGAACCGAAGAUCGUGUGCUACUUCGGUAGCUGGGCGGUUUACCGGCCAGGGCAUGGCAAAUUCGAGAUCAGCAACAUCGAGCCGCACCUUUGCACCCACAUAAUCUACACCUUCGUCGGGAUCACCGAGGACGGCAAUGUGAGAGUUUUGGACGCGUGGCAAGAUCUGGAGGACAACUGGGGUAAGGCCGCUUUCCGCCGGUUCGUUGAACUUCGCCAGCAGAGCAGCAAUACGAAGUUCCUCAUCGCCAUCGGCGGAUGGAACGAGGGAUCCGCGAGAUACUCCGCUGUAGCCGCCAAUCCGACGACCCGUGAGAAAUUUGUGAAAAAUUCCGUGGAGUUCGUGAAGAAAUACAAUUUCGAUGGUUUCGACUUCGAUUGGGAGUACCCGAAUCAGCGCGGCGGCAAGCCGGAAGACGUGAAUAACUUCUCGAUCCUCCUCAAGAUGAUGAGAGCUGAAUUCGACAAGGAAGGACUCCUCCUCACGGCCGCCGUCGCCGCCGCCGAACCUUCCGCCUCUCUGUCCUACAAUAUCGCCGAAAUAUCCAAGCACUUGCACUUCAUCAACGUGAUGAGUUACGAUCUCCACGGCUCCUGGGAGAAGCAGACUGGCCACAACGCUCCGCUUUAUCCGCGCACGGGCGAGACCGGAAACGAUCUUAAGCUCAAUGUCAACGCAUCCAUCCACUACUGGCUGUCGCAAGGCUGCCCGCCGGAGAAACUGAUCCUCGGCGUGCCGUUCUACGGCAGAUCGUUCACCCUGGCCGACAAGAGCAGAACCGGACUCGGAGCGCCCACCACUGGACCCGGUACCGCCGGGCAAUUCACUCGCGAGGGUGGAAUGCUCGGUUACAACGAGAUCUGCGAAUACUUGAAACAAGGCGGAUGGAGCGUCGUUCGUCACCCGGAGCACCGCACUCCGUACGCCUACAAGGACAACCAAUGGGUCGGCUACGACGAUAUAGAAUCUCUCACCGAGAAGAUGAAAUACAUCAAAUCCUUGGGUCUCGGCGGCGCGAUGAUGUGGAGUAUCGAGACCGACGACUUCAAGGGCCUGUGCGGCGAGAAAUACCCUCUGCUGAAGACACUGAACGCCGGACUGAGAGGAGGAGUCCCGGUACCGCCACCUGUGAUCCCCGAGGUUCCCGACAAGCCGGAAGUGAACCCGCCAGAGGUGACGCAGACACCUCCGGUAAUGACGGCACCACCUCCACCUCCCAAUGGCGUCUGCAAGAAGGAAGGCUACGUGCGAGACGAGCAGGAUUGCAGCGUGUUUUACCAGUGCACGAACGUCGGCGGCCAAUUGCAAGCGCAGAGGUUCCACUGCGCGAGCGGGCUGGCGUUUGAUCCUGCCCACAACGGAUGCAAUUACAGGGAUCGUGUUGCCGGAUGUUGAUCUAAAAACCGACCGGACGGUG